CGGGAACGGGGUCUUGGCUGUGGAAGCCAGAGCAAGGCAAAUGGCUUCCCUUCGGUGGGUGCUGGGAAAGUUCUAAGGAGAGAAGAGCCGCUCUGUGACGACAUGCAAUCCCCGGGAGGUGGGGCCUCGCGUUGCCGCCCAAUCAGAUGGAGAUGGGCUCCUGGGCGGAGCCAAGGGAAGCCCUAGGAAAUAGCUUUUUGGGAAUUGGGGACCCCCCAUGUGGGAGGCUCGGGAAGGGACGCGGCUGAACUACUUUGUAGAGAGCUGAUGCCGUGACUCGGGGCCCAGUGGUAGAGCCCACGCUAGCCCCCCGCCCCCAGAAACUUUAAUCUUGGUCGUGGGGAACAUAUUUAGCGCAGAAGGACGUGACCCCGACUUCCUCUUUAAAAGCCCCCCAGAACCUGGACUGAGUUCAGCGGACCCUAGUGUUUGAGCGCCCAGGUCAGGGAAUCAAGGUUGGAGAGCGGCUAGUUGGGAUGCUUCGCUGCCUAGGGUACAUCGGGGGUUCGGUUUUUUUGAGGAGAGUGGGUCCUGCAAAUAGGGGGGUCGGAGGGUCGGUCUUAGCCUCGAGGAGGUGGGGGGCGCGGCUUCCGGGCUUUCUCUUAAGAUGGCCAGGCUCCUCCCGGGUUUAGAGGCUGGAGCGGGCUGGGGUUGAGUUUUCGAGUCUGGUAGUGACCUGGGGUUGGGUCUGAGGUCGGAUGGUGUAUUUGGUCUGAGCAUUGAGUGUCAGCUUGGGGUGCAGCCGUUUUUGGAGGCUCGGGAAGUUUGCAAUUCAAAAUGACAUCCGUUCCGAGGCGUUGCGUACACUUGCCCUCGCUUCGGGGUGAGGAGUCCCUUCCUGGCCGUGUUGGAUUGCUGCGCGAUCGGGCCUGAAUGGGGCCCGGAUUUGCCGUCUUCUUGGCGGCUCUGGCUCACUGCCUGCUCCCCGCGAGGUGCUGUAUCAUUUGUGACCGUCUGGUCGUCACAGCGCUGAAGUCUUUAGAAAGAGAUUACCUGCCCGGCCACCUGGACACCAAGCAUCACAAAACCUUCAUGAAAAGGGUGCUGGAUGCGGUAAAGGAUUUUAAGGAUCUCCCGUUGGACGAGACCAGCUUUAUGGGGGCCAUUGAUGAGGACACGCUAGAACAGGCAUCCUGGAGUUUUCUGAAGGAUCUGAAAAGAAUCACAGACAGUGAUGUGAAAGGAGAGCUCUUCGUGAAGGAGCUAUUCUGGAUGCUUCACCUUCAAAAGGACACAUUUGCCAACUAUGCUAUUCAGUUUCAAAAAGAAGUUUAUUGUCCCAACAAAUGUGGGACGAUGUUGCAGGUUCUGAUCUGGUGCAACGAAUGUGAGAAGCAGGUCCAUGCUUGUCGGAAGUCCUACGAUUGCGGAGAGCACAGCGUGAAGGUGCACGAGAUGGAGGACAUCAUCCUGGACUGUCACCUCAAUUGGCACCAUGCUUCCCAAGGCCUCGCGGACUACAGCUUUUACAGGGGACCCCCUCCAUCCCCUCACCCUGGAUUCCUAUCCCCUGCACUGAGACCCCCGUGAUCUUCUCAUCCCGGCACUCCCCUCAAACCCUGAAUUCCCCAGGCGUCUGUGACCCCUUGAGCUUGGGUCUAGGUUUGGGGGAACAAUUCUGAGACCUUGGUGUCCAAGGGGAAGGAGCCCAUCAUGACCAAGCC